UAGAAAAAUUUGGUAAAUUUUGAUUUCCACUGUCCUGCAACACUGGAGUCAGCCAAUUUUUCGACGCUUUGCUUUGCCGCGCCAUUUUCAGACCAACAUUUUGCAAGUAAGGUGACAGAUGCGAAGACAAUUGACCUGACAUUCCAGCUGCCAAGAAGAUGAAGAUCGACAAGUGCGUCCUGCGAUUCGCUAAGCUCACCGAAAAUGCCCUGGAGCCGGUGAGGGGAUCCGCCAAAGCGGCUGGAGUUGAUCUUCGAAGCGCCUACGACCUGGUUGUCCCGGCCCGAGGAAAGGCCAUUGUGAAGACAGACCUGCAGGUGCAAGUUCCGGAGGGUUCCUACGGACGCGUUGCCCCACGAUCCGGAUUGGCCGUGAAGAACUUUAUCGAUGUGGGCGCCGGCGUGGUGGACGAGGAUUACCGCGGUAACCUUGGCGUCGUUUUGUUUAAUCAUUCGGAUGUCGAUUUCGAAGUAAAGCGGGGUGACCGCAUUGCCCAGUUCAUUUGUGAGCGCAUCUUCUAUCCAGAACUGGAACUGGUGGACAAACUGGAGGACACCGAACGCGGCGAAGGAGGAUUUGGUUCCACGGGCGUAAAGGAUCUUCCGGCGGCCAAGGCACAGAACGGCAAUGGGGAGAAGGCAGCCGAGCCGGAGGAGGCUGCUCCCGCUCCAAUUGCCACUUAGAAGCCAAACUAUCUUAAUGUUAAGCACUUCGAAUUGCGGGUUUAUAUUUACUAUGCCCUUCAUAUUCAUAAUCCUAGAAUUUCAUCUAAUAUGGCUAAGUGAAAAUGUUAAAGUAUAUGUAUUGUUUGUCAAUUAAAGGCUACUUAUCUACCAAA